GAUCAGCUUCAGGAAAUAACAAAACAAAGCAGUUGUGAUUGUUUUCUGCUACCAAUUUUCAAAUCUAUUCUAAUUUUUUGGUAUCGUUCAAUCAUUCAAUUCUAUUUGCUUAUUUAUUAUUCUUCAUACUUGAUCAAAAUUGUGGGAGUGUUUUGCAUUUAUAAUUAUGGUUAAUUGAUGUUACAUAAUAUUUGCUUUCAUACUACAUUCUCUUUUACUUAUUCAAUCUAAAAAGAUAAAAUUGAUUAAAUAAAUCAUACAAGUUAUAUUCACGGAAAUGCAAAUCAAUCGAUUGAAUCAACUAUGAAUGAGCUGAAAUCCCCGACGAAUUCCAGCUAUGGCUAUUCCAUUCCCCUCAUGUGUAUGUCAAUUAUUUUCAACCUGCAAGUCCCCUAAAAAGACCAGUUACACACCCUUAUUCUUUAAAGCCUUUGCAGCCGUAUUCAUAACUUAUUUUGGAAUUUGCGUUCUAAUAUUCCUUUUUCAAUUGAUCAAAACAUUCUGUAAAUGUGCAAAGAAAAGUCAGAAUUGUUGCUGUGAAUCAUGUACUCCUGCUGUAACUAACUAGACAUGGCAGAUAAAUUAACGAAAUCUGGCCUCUAUUUCGAUGAACUCAACAAGAUUCGGGUUUUGGAGCCAGAAAUAUCAGUGAAAACAAACGAACUCAAAGAAGAAUGCAAGGACUUUGAUCAAAAUAUUACUCAAUUUCAGACGAUUGUUGAUGGAUUCAUUUCCAUGGUGAACACCCUCGCUGAACAGGUGGAGCAAGAGAAAAUGAAAGCCAUAGGUGUUUAUAAUGUAGCUAUGUCUGUGGCCAAACAACGAGACGCUCAAAAGCAACAAUAUCAGGCUCUCAUAAUGGAGAAAUCGACCGAGUUGGAGCGAUUGAGAGUUCAACACCAGUCUCUACUCAGGACUGAAGCCGAACAACAAGAUGUGAUCGACCACUUGCUCUUGCACCGAUAAGCGAUAACGGUAUUUGAAAAUUGUUAUGCUUCGAAAACUCUAGUCCUGUCAUUAUAUAAAUUAAGCUAUAAAUGCACACAUAAAUGCAUUGACUACGUACCAAAGACUGUUUCAUUCAUGAUCUCAACAUAUUUUUGCACUAAUUCUUUUUAGAAAUUCAUGUUAUACACUAAGAUUGUUCAGAUCAAUAAAACUAUAUACUAAAUUAAUCCA